AUCGAUCGUUCGAGAUUUUUUUGCUUUGAUGUUUGUCUGCUUUCGUUGCAAACUUUCUUGUGAAUAUUCCUGAUUGUUUUUGAAUUUCAUUUGGAGAAGAGAAGCCUAAUCAAGAUGAGUGGAAAGGCCCAUCCCCCGGAGCUAAAAAAGUACAUGGACAAGCGCAUCUCAUUGCGACUGAAUGGCCAGAGAGCCGUGUCUGGUGUACUCCGCGGGUUUGACCCCUUCAUGAAUCUCGUAAUCGAUGACGCAUUUGAUGAAGUCUCACCGAAGGAGCGCCACAGCAUCGGAAUGGUGGUGGUCAGAGGGAACAGCAUUGUGAUGCUGGAGGCUCUGGAGAGAAUCAACAACGCAUCAUAGAAUGGUGCUGCUGCUCCUGCUGUACAUACUCUGCUAUUGUCCUGUCUUGCCUCAGUGCUGUUUCCACCACCAUCUCCCUGACCGUGUGUCCAUAGGAUUCUUUGGCAAGUAUGCUGUCUUCUGGCAUGCUAUUCUACACUUUUGUUCGUCCAUUCAAACUGUUUGCUAACACUGACUCCGCCAUACAAAAAAUGAAAGUCUGCUUGCUUCAUGAAACAUAUUUUUUUAUCGCCGUUGUGUUUGUUGUCAUUGAUUUUCAUUUUGUGUAUAUAGUUGAAGUACAUCCUCUGACGUAUGAACGCUGAAUGAUAAGAUUAAUGUAA